AUGGAUCUGCGGCUCUGGCGCUGGCGACUGACGCCCGGUCAGGAAGCGUUUGUGCCCGCCAAUGUAGACCUGAACACCAUCACGGCUUGGCAGUCCACUGCGCGAUUCCCCACUCAGAUCCACAUUGAACUACUCGCCGUCAAAGCGAUUGAUGACCCCUUUACGCACGAAGAGGACGUGCAAUGGGUCAGCGAUUGUAGCUGGCAAUUCGCGUGCACCUAUAUAGCGACGGCUGAUGAUCUCAGGAAACGCAAGACGGUCGUGUUUGAUGGCUUGGACACUUUCGCAACUAUCGCGUGGAAUGGACAGCAAGUGCUCGAAACCGAAAAUGCCUUUCGAACGUUCCGCCUGCCCAUCAGGGAACAUGUCCGGCUGGGCGAGAACGAACUCCUGAUCACGUUUGAUUCAACUUUCAGACGCGGAAAGGCUCUCGAGGCCCAGUACGGCAAGCGCGUCGCUUGGAAUGGCGACCCUAGCCGGGUCUACGUCAGGACGCCUCAGUAUACAUAUGGCUGGGAUUGGGGACCCAAACUUAUUUCCUGUGGUCCCUGGCGCGACGUUCGCUUGAUCGAGACACCCAUAGCGGAAAUGCGAACCGAGCCAAGCGUCUCGGCAGACCUGAAGCCUGGUCUCAAGGUACACGUCAAGAUGCUCAUGGAUACCGAGCGUCUUGCUGCCAUUGGUGGCACAAUCUCUGUUUCUCUGGCAGCAGAUCCGGCAGCACCUGCUAUAGCACGUGUCGAGCCGAUCAGAGUGACAACAUGCAAGCUGGAAUACACCUUGAUUUUCUCACCGGACGAUCUGAAACAGAUUUCACUCUGGUAUCCUGCAGGCGAGGGAGGGCAAACUAUGUAUUCUGUCAUUCUCAACAUUGGCGGGGAAGGAUACGCUUCGUUCAAGCAGGACGCUUGGAUCGGAUUCAGAAGAGUCGAUCUUGUCGAAGAGGAGUCUUUCGACUACGAAGGCACAUCCUUCUACUUCCAAGUAAACAACAAACCCAUCUUCCUGCGCGGGUCCAACUGGAUACCGGCGGACAGCUUUCAGGCUCGCGUCAGCCCAACGACAUACUACGAAUGGCUCAGUCUCGUCUCAGACGGCAAUCAGAACUGCCUACGUGUUUGGGGCGGAGGUGUAUACGAAAGUGACGACUUUUAUGAAGCUUGUGAUCGUGCAGGUAUACUUGUCUGGCAGGAUUUCGCUUUCGCUUGCGGAAUAUAUCCUGCGCAUCUUGCAUUCCGGAAGAAUGUGCAGGCAGAGGUCGUCGAUGUGCUUAGGCGACUAGCAUAUCAUCCCUCUAUCAUCGUCUGGGCAGGCAAUAACGAAGACUAUGCUGUUGCAGAAUCAUCGGGCGCAUACGAUGCGAAGCUCGUUGAUGGUCCCUUUGCCAACACGGGCUUCCCUGCCAGGCAAAUUUACGAGCGGGAUAUCCCGAGACUGUUUGCAGAGCAUCAUCCUCUCGGUAUCUAUCGCUACGGUUGCCCCUUCGGCGGCGCAGUCUCAUCUGACCCAACCCGCGGCGAUAUUCACCAAUGGAACGUCUGGCACGGCGACCAGAGACCGUAUCAGGAUUGGCCCGUGCUCGCUGGUCGAUUCGUCAGCGAAUUUGGGAUGCAAGCUCUGCCUGACACAUCUACGCUCCAGUGCUUCUUGAAAGGUCACCCCAGCGAUCAACAUCCCCAGUCCCAGCGCAUGCAGGACCACAACAAAGCAGCCGGUGCUACUCGACGAUUAGCAGGCUAUCUCGCCGAGAACUUCCGCUUCACGAAUGAUCUAGAGGGCAUGAGUUACGCCACACAGGUCAUGCAGGCCGAUUGCUUGAAACUGGCAUUCAAGUCUUGGCUCCGGCUAUGGAAGAGCGAUGGCAACCGACAAGUCGGAGGAGCACUUGUAUGGCAGCUCAAUGAUUGCUGGCCCUGCACAAGCUGGUCCAUCUGCGUCACAGAAGCCCAACCGAAGAUGGCCUAUUAUGCCAUGAAGCAAGCCUUAACGAGCGUCAGCUGCGGUAUCGCUCGGCGCGCAGACCAGCAAGCGACAGUGUACGAUGCAUGGGCAGUCAAUCUGACCUCGCAUCCCGUUCAGAUUGAAUGGACAAUCAGCUUCUUCGGAUUCGAUUCGUCUAAGCCGAUUCUUUCGUUUGAUGGCGAGCACGAGCUCGGUGCGAAUGGCUGCACCGAGCUGUCAACGAUUGGCAGAGCAGUAGCGCAUCUGGUCUCACGCGAUACGAUUGCUCAUCUGCAGAUUCGCUUCGAUAGCUUCGCGGGCAUGGACGGGAAGAGCAUCUUUACUCAUGCUGACGAUGUCGACUGGCCUCAGCCGUGCUCACAGCAUCCAAUCAUGACAGAGCUGCCGCGAGUGUGGGCAUGUAUCGACGAGCCUACAGCGGGGUGCUUCAGUCUACACGCCGAUCGACCCGUCAAGGCUGUGUGGUUAGGAUGCGAUUCGUCUCGGCCUAUUGGCAUGCUCGAGCGCAAUGGGCUCGACAUCAUGCCCGGUCAAGGUACAGAAGUGGGAUGCUGCUAUGCGACGCUCUUUCCCGGUCUGACUGCUCGCUUCUAUGGGUGCGACACGCCGUUCGAACUGGAAUUGCGGCCCGGGCACGUUCGAAGAGGAGCGAUCUUGACGUACAGCACAUCGGUAGACAUGUCUAACAUCUUCAACAAGAGCAAGAAGCUGCGUGCCUCGACCGGCCAGAGCAAGAUCCCUCAUCAUGACACUAACAAAGGUCGUCACUCUGAUGUCCUUAUUGACCGAUACGAAGAGUUCAAACACAUCGCCAAGAGCCUGAGCAGCUACUAUGGCUCAAUCGCCGCCACAGAGGAAGCGACUUCCAAGAGCCUCACAAAACAUGCUGGCGACAUGCAGCUGCCUCUCCAAGAGGGAGAUCAGUUCUUAUCCGACAACACCGGCUUCCAGUAUGCUCUUUAUGAGAUGCGCGAUAACACCAAGUCGCUGGCAGAAGCUCACGCAGAGUUUGCCAGUGCCAUCCACGAGAAUGUCGUCGGCCAGCUCGAGACUGUCCGUGCAGACCUCAAGGCCCACAUUCACAGCAUCUCGAGCGACACCGGAUCGCUCGCAGACGAUGUCGAUCACCAUCGUGAAGCGUCGACCAAGGCCAUCGGGAACCACUCGCGUGCGCUUGGCAUGACUGGUGAAGGCCUUUCAGCCGUCGGAGCCAAGGAAGAUCCUUACAUCACUCACGGCGCCGCCGAGAAGCAGCUACUUGCCCAGCUCCACAAGGAGAAUUCAUUGACCGCCUCGGUCAUCAAGCACCAGAAAGAUUCCGAGGGCAUCGAACUCAAGGCCGUGCAAGGCAUCAAGUCUGCCGCCAAGGCCUUCUCCGAGGCUCAAGAGAUCUUCCUCGAGAAGCUCAAGGCCAAGAGCACCGUCAUCACUCAAGCCCUCACGGCAGUCGAUGACACUGCCGAAUGGAAGUUCUUCGUCUCCGAAGAGUCUCGUCUCGUUCCCCACGACACCCCAAAGCGCGAUCCCAAGGCGCUCGCCUUCCCUGGUCAGAACGACCCGCGCACCAAGCCCCUCCGUACUGGCAUCCUGGAGCGCAAGAAGCGCUUUACAAAGUCGUACGAGGAACGUGUCUUCUUGCUCACGCCUACUGGCUAUCUCCACGAGGCCAAGAAUAUGGAUCUCGAUGCUCCCGUCAUCGAGCCUGUUCUCUCCAUCUACUUGCCAAAUGCCAUUCUUGGACCACCUGCAGACAAGUCUGCAAAGAAGCACAAGUUCUACAUUGAAGGCUACAAGGCAGGCGACCACAAGGCUGAAUCCAAGGGUCUUCGCUUCGGCAAGAAGGACUCCGCACCUGCAUUCACGUUCAAGGCUCGCUCGCAUGAGGAGAUGAUGUCUUGGUGGGAGUCGAUCAAGGAACUCACCAAGGAGUCCAUUGCCGUCGCACCGCGCGACGAGACCAAGUACAAGGCCACCUCGCUGCCUGACGCCGUUGCCAACGUCGGUCUCCCGAGUGCCGCGGCCGAGGUCGACGAUGAAGAAUCCUCUGCUGAUGAGCUCGAAGAUGCCGAGGAAGAAGUCGGUGCCACGACGACAUCUGCCGAGAAGGCGCCUGAGGAAUCUUCGACAGCUGCCGCACCCGUUGCAUCAACGUCAAAGGCAGAGGAAGAAAACUUGCCAGGCUAUCAGAGCAACGGCGUGGUUGCCCCUGCCGAAAAGAGAGACCUGCCUGUUGCCAUUGACAGCUCGAACAUCGCUGGCGGAUCAGCGUCGCAGACUUUCGCUUCUACGCACAUGCAGCCCACGUCUGACGUCACGACUUCUGACGCCUAA